AAUAAACAAGAAAACAAAGCACAAUUAGCGAUGUUCAACCAAUUAUUCUGGAAUGAUAGAUGAUAGCAUACAUUAAGUACACUCUACAUACGCUAAGACUCUUUACACACGCGAAUAAAAAAAUGCCCAAGAAAAAGAAGUCGCAGGAUUCAGAACGCAAACCGGCUCCAUCCGUCCAAGCACGUGCAAACAUCGAAGAAAGCAAGCUAGACAGCAUACCAGAUGAAGACACAUUGAUGAGAAUGAAAGAAAAAAUGUUGAAUGAAAAGCCGGAGUUACGACAAAUGUUUCAGUAUAUGGAAAAACUCGUGGAUGAAGGAACCAAACAAGCUCAAGAUUCUUCUGUUGUAUUUACAAAUCGUAGAGGAUAUGUUACGCCAGAACUUCUGAUGCAAUAUCCGAAUUCACCAACUGCAAGAAAGACAAUGGAAGCAUUGAACCAUUACGUGUACGCCUUUAAUAUCUUAUGGAGUUACAAGAAACCAAGGGUUCUUCUACAGAGUGACUGUGAUUGUUUGCAGCCUGGACUUCACCACUUUAUCGAGGGAUAUAUGACAGCGGACUAUAUGCUGCAGCAGUUCCAUUUGCCUCCGUCGUUUACAUAUUUAGUUGAGGAUUAUCUUCAGUUAAGGCCUAAUGACAUUUUGGUGGAAUAUAUUUAUGUUAACGUUGUUGUGGCUCUGAAGACAAAAGAGCUACCUGACUAUGAACGGUGCAAGGAAACAAUUCGUGCGCUUGAAAUAUUUGUUCAUAAAUUGCUGCCGUAUGAACAUGAGGAAACAGCUAAACGAAUUUUUACGUCUUGGGAGCGAAAUAUACAUCGACAGACCAAAACGAACGUGCAUUGGACGCUUUUGAGAAAUGUUACGCCUUAG